GAUGGAUUAUGACUGUAUUCAAUGUAGAUAAGAUAGACGAACGACGACGACCUACUCUUCUUUGGGGAGCUGAUAUUUUCUGACACCGUACUUCUUUACGCUCUUCAUGCCAAGCAGCGGGUCACGACGAGGCGGGGCCUGGAAAUCAGACUCCGAGAGACCAAACUCGCUGAGAUCGACGGACACCGGGGCACGCUGGGUCUUAUUUCUAGCGGCGUUUCCAGCCUUGGGCUCCUCGACGUCCUCCUCUGCCGCAGCGCUCUGAGCUGCAUUGGGCUUGGGAGCCGUUUUGGGUUUGGUGCCCUGCAGGUACACCACCGCCGUCCGUUUCCGCCAGUACACGGGCUUGGACUCGGUCGCCACAUCCUCGAGGGAGCUACGAACGAAAUUGACGCGCUCCUCCAUCUCCGCCGCCUCGGGCGGCCGCAUGCGGGGCUUCGUCUCGAACAUCACGCUCACGCGGGAUCCCAUCUCCAGAAACGAGCGCGCCUGCGCUAGGCGGUGCUUCAGGUCGGCCGCGUCCGAUACCCACGUGAGAUGCACCUCCUUCUCCACGUUGUGCUUCGCGGAGGUCUUUUUGUCGGCCUUGGCCUGCUUCUCCGCCUGGUACUGCAGGCGUUUGUUGACGAUCCGCACGAUGGGCUCCGGGUCCUCCGUGACGAGCUCGACGAAGUUCUGGUCCAGGUCGAUCUCGUCCAGCAGCCGGUUGAGCGAUGUGGGCAUCAGUGAUUUGUCUUCGCGCACGAGGGUGACCAUGGCGUAUUUCUUGCCGAUUUCAGCAUUUCGGAGGCGCCGUGAGCGUUUUGAGGACAAGUUCUGGCUGCUCAUAAAGCGCACAUGAGAUAAUGACGCGCCAAGGCAGCGGAAAUGGAUGGGGCGCGAGGGAUGUAGCAGGGCGCGCGCAGCGAAGUGAAAGGAAGAGAACGCGUUCAUGGCGGUCAGUUGAGUCGGGGGUCUGUCGUCAGAUGCAAGUCUGUUCGUGCUCUCAGUGUACCUGAGGCAUAAACGCGCGAACAGAGCCUAGAGUGAGGUGGUCGUUGCGACUCGUGACGCGACAAAUCAGGCCUGACAACUCUGACAAACACAGCCAUGUAUCUUACUAUGAGUGCGACGCGCCCGACAGUCAUUCACAUUACACAACGAGGAGCGUUGAUCAUACAAGACAGGAAUGCAGGUUUACACGAGGCUGGUCAUCCCACGUGCCGCGCGAGUAUAUAUACCGAGAUCCACCUCAUUCCGAAACAUUCGCAACCCCCUCCACCGUUCCAUCAUGACGAGCACCCGCGACACCUCUCUGCAGAGCGACAUCUCCAAGAUGAAGGCCGAGGGAGACGGUUCCUUCAACCGCCUCGCGUCUGUCUUCCGCGACAACAUCGAGCCGGGCGGCAAGUUCGCGCCGGAGAAAGGACGCUACCACCUCUAUGUCUCGUUGGCGUGCCCCUGGGCAACGCGCACCCUGAUCGUGCGCAAGUUGAAGGGCCUGGAGGAGUUCUUCCCCGUCUCGGUAGUCUCGCCGCGGAUGGGCAACAACGGGUGGCCGUUUGCGCAGGUCGACGCGUUCCCCGGGGCCGACGCCGAUCCCCUAUUCGGCGCGGAGCACGUCAAGGAUCUGUACCUGCGUGCGAACCCCGACUACGACCGGCGGUUCACCGUGCCCCUCAUCUGGGACAAAGUCAACAACACGAUUGUGAACAACGAGUCGUCGGAGAUUAUCCGGAUGUUCAACUCCGCGUUCAACGAUCAGCUGCCCGCGGACAAGGCCGCGCUCGAUCUGUACCCUGAGGAGCACCGUGCUGAGAUCGACGGACUCAACGAGUGGAUCUACCCUGAGAUCAACAACGGUGUGUACCGAGCGGGAUUCGCCACCAGCCAGGAAGCCUACGAGAAAGCGGUCCACAUCGUCUUUGGAGGGCUUGACAAGGUCGAGAAGCUGCUCGAGGGCAAGGACUACCUAGUCGGAGGGCGUUUGACUGAAGCGGACGUGAGACUGUGGGUGACGAUUGUCCGCUUCGACCCUGUCUACGUCGGCCACUUCAAGUGUAACUUCAACACCAUCCGUGACGGCUAUCCUCAAAUCAACCGAUGGUUGAAGAACUUGUAUUGGAAUAGCGCUGCGUUCAAGGACUCGACGGAUUUCAACCACAUCAAGACGCACUACUACUGGUCCCACCCGCAGAUCAAUGCAACUCGGGUUGUUCCUGUUGGGCCCAUCCCUAACAUCCAGCCUUUGUGAGCAGCUUGGUCGUGUCGGGCGUCGUUGUAAUUCCCUACCAUCAAGGAGAUUGACUUGUUUAUGAAUCCAAUGUACUCUUGAAGAUUAUAUAUGAUUUUUCCGAGGAU